UUGAUGGGGUAGGGCCUUUCUGUUUCUCUGCCUAUUCCUCGAAAUGGAAGACUUUUAAGCCUACAUGCAAUGUGGAACGCAGAAAAUCCUGGAGCCUUUGGCCUGCAACUAUAAACAUUUUCUUCUGAUUUCUUCUCUGGACCAUAAGACAUUUCCUCAUCUCAUCUUAUCUGAAGACAGAUGUCUUAUAUCUCAUACCUUAAAAAGAGGAACAACAAAGAAGCAGCAGUUGGAACUGAGAGGCCUGGUGUGGGCGGAAUACAACUGGACAUGCAUGGAUCACUUGCAAAUCUCCCACCCGCAUCGCUUCCUCGUGGCAUCUACUCCACCAGUCGACCGAUCUCCCUGCUCCUGCCCUCUUGCUCUCUCCCGGGGGGACCAUCUCCGGUCCCUCUUCAUCAUCCUCUAGUGCCUCUCCACCUGUGGCCCUGGUAUAUUCGGUUCCCCAUAGCUGUGUGGCAGAGAAUGACUGACGUGGCGGGAAGGGACCUCCCCCCCACCAUGCCUGCAACUGGAACCAGCUGGCAGCACGGCUGGAAGAGACAGCUUCUGAGAUUUUACUUUCGAUUUCAGCUCGGGCUGCAGCUUUUCAUGGUCUCCGGCAACUCCAGUGUCUCGCUGUCUCUGCAGAUGGCAGCUCCGGCGGCUGCAGUGGCGGCUCCGGCAGUGAUUCCUGCUCCCUCUGUGGUGGCAGUUCGCGGCAGGUCCUGUGGAGUGGUCCCAGGCGGCAGUGGUGGUGGUGGCGGCAGUGGCAGCCUCGAUCCGUCUUGUCUUGUUUUUUUUUUCUUCUCCUGGAUCAGUGCCCCCUUUAUCUUUUUUGAGCUCAGUUUUAUGUUGGUAUGUUGAAAUUGUGUGAACAAUUUCCCUUGCAUUUCCGUGUGUUUUGCUUUGGCACAGUUUGGGUGUGAUCAGUUAGUCAAAAUGGCUACAAGAGUUGAAGUUAGAACAAAGGUGGAUUCUUGCCAGAUGCCAAGGAGGAGUUUUGGCAGGUGAAUAAAGUUUUCUCAUCUCCUAUGACCACCUGUUGUGAUCCAAUUAGCAGUGGACAGCAAAGUAUGUUUUCCUUAUGUAUCCAAUGUAGUGUGAACAAGAACUGAGCAUCAUGAGCACUAUAUAAACUGUCUUUCUUCUAAUAAAGCCGACAUUUUGCCGAC